AUAAAACAUUAUGCGUCGUUACCUUGACUUUAUUGGUCUAGCUUGUCGCCCAAGAAGAAACCUUCUGCAAUUCUGCAAAUAUCGGAGAGGAGGAAGAGAUCGGAAGAAGAAACUGAAAUCACACUAGGACUCCUACUGAUGGCUCGAUAUGAUAGGGCGAUCACCGUGUUCUCGCCGGACGGCCAUCUGUUCCAGGUGGAGUACGCUCUCGAAGCUGUGCGAAAGGGUAACGCUGCCGUCGGCGUCCGAGGUAACGACACUGUUGUGCUCGGCGUCGAGAAGAAGUCCACUCCCAAACUUCAGGACUCUAGAUCAGUAAGAAAGAUUGUAAAUCUAGAUGAUCACAUUGCAUUGGCAUGUGCUGGACUCAAAGCAGAUGCCCGUGUCCUUGUAAAUAGGGCACGCAUUGAGUGUCAAAGCCAUAGACUCACAGUGGAAGAUCCUGUUACGGUUGAGUACAUAACUCGUUAUAUUGCUGGUCUUCAGCAAAAGUACACUCAAAGUGGUGGUGUAAGACCAUUUGGGCUGUCAACCUUGAUUAUUGGUUUCGAUCCAUACACGGGCGUCCCAUCUCUUUAUCAGACAGAUCCAUCAGGAACUUUUUCAGCAUGGAAGGCCAAUGCUACUGGGAGAAACUCCAACUCAAUCAGGGAGUUCCUUGAGAAGAACUACAAGGAAACCUCUGGUCAAGAAACUGUGAAGCUAGCCAUUCGUGCUUUACUUGAAGUUGUUGAGAGUGGUGGAAAGAACAUAGAGGUUGCUGUGAUGACCAGAGAGCACGGACUGCGGCAACUUGAAGAAGCCGAAAUUGAUGCCAUUGUUGCUGAGAUUGAAGCAGAGAAAGCAGCUGCAGAAGCUGCCAAGAAGGCACCUUCAAAGGAAACCUAGUUUUAUGAUAUGUUUCGUGAAAAUGGUUGUCUAAUCCGAUGUUGGUGCUUCUUAACAACUUCAGUUUACUUGGCAGCAAAAUUUCUGUGUAAUAGAAUUGUGAUAGGUUAUUUAAACUUUUCCUAAAAAAUUCUGAUUUCGUAGCAAAUGCUAAUGCUUAUUCUUGAGAUUAAACUUAGAGAAUACUCCGUACUAUUCUACCUGUGGAAGGAUGAAAUCUGAAUCUUAUUUCCUGAGUAAUUAUGUGAUUGUAAAAAAUGAAUGUUCGUGAGGAUUUGCAAUUUACACAUUUCACAUUUGA